AUGAGGGGCAUUGAAGACACCAGACAGAGAUGGAAGACCCUGUUUCACGAGAGUCACACGUCAUCGGACCUUCGAAAAGCGAUUCGGUCGGAACAAGGCGAUAGCAUAUGCAAUGAUGGAUUGAGAUCGAUAUGUUGGAAGGCAUUUCUGCUCUUCGAGGACCUUGAUCGUGCAGAAUGGUCGAAUAAAAUUUCCGAGUCGCGCAGCGCCUAUGUCGCACUCCAAGACCACUUCCUGAAAUAUAUCGAGCAUCCAGAUGAUCUGCAGUCAACCCUUGAUCCGCUUGCUGACGAUGAAGAGUCCCCUUGGCAACAUCUGCGAAAUGACGAGCAGAUGCGAGCAGACAUAUCCCAGGAUGUCGAUAGGUGUCUACAAGAGAAUUUCUUCUUCCGCGAGCCGGCAACAAAGGCGAAAAUGAUCAAUACGUUGUUCAUCUAUUCGAAACUCAAUCCCGACCUCGGUUAUCGUCAAGGAAUGCAUGAAUUACUAGCACCUAUCUUGUGGGUUACUGACAGAGAUGCCAUUGAUCCGCAGUCUUUCGAACAGUUUAGAUCAACAGGGCAAGAGGACGACUUGAUGAUCCAACUGUUGAAUCCUAACUAUAUCGAGCAUGACUCCUUUACUCUAUUCUGCGUGGUAAUGCAAAAUACUAGGAUGUAUUAUGAGCAUAAUAGAAGUCGCUCUACAGACGGACAGAUGGACGCAAUCCCAAUUGUUCACCAGUGUGAAUAUAUUCAUAAUAAUCUCCUAGCAGCUACAGAUCAGCAACUAGCGGACCAUUUACAAGCGAUUGAUAUUUUACCUCAAAUCUUCCUAACCCGGUGGAUGCGUCUUUUAUUUGGACGCGAAUUCCCGUUCCAAGAUGUGCUCGUGGUUUGGGAUCUGCUUUUUGCUGAAGGGCUUCGACCAGAGCUUGUUGACUUUGUAUGCGUAGCAAUGCUAUUGCGCGUUCGCUGGCAGUUGUUAAGUGCCGAUUCCUCAGGUGCCCUUAGCACGCUUCUCCGAUACCCAUCACCGGAGCCCCAUGCUCCAGUCAGUUUCGUGCAGGAUGGGUUGUAUUUGGAGCAGAAUCCUACGCCCGAUAGAGGGGCUUUCAUCAUCUCCAAAUAUUCAGGGAAGCCUCCUGAUUCCCCAAAGCCAGCCGAGAUAGCUAGUGGCAAGCUUCUUUCAGGCAAGAGAUUCCAGUUUCGCAACGAUCUAAAGGACAGGAGCGACGCAAGCUCCCCUUCAAGAUCACCAGCCAGGAACAGCCCUCUGAGCAUUGAAGGUUUACUCCAGGAUGUGUCAGAGGGUAUCCAGCGACGAACAGAGUCCUGGGGGGUAGCCAAGGCUGUGCGUGGGGCUGUUAGUGAAGCGAAGAAGAAUAUGCAAGCGAUCCAGUCGGAGCAUAACGCACGUGCCAUGAGGUUCGCAGAUUCGGCUACGAUGCAAACAUCCGAGACACUCUUAUAUCGGGAUUCCGAGGUAGUCAAUCACUUGAAAUCCCAGAUCCAACGCCUUGAAGAAAGGAACUUGCAACUCGCGAAGACCCUGGGUCAGGCAGUGAACGAUAUUCGUUCUCAAGUGGAGAAGAAGGAAGCUCCUGACCCCGAAGCCAUCAGAACAGCUCUCAUGGAGAUCCAAACAGUGCAAACUUCCCUCGAAACCCCCCCUGCCAACGAGAACCCGAAAGCUGCAGAAAGUGACGGACCUAGUCGUUCCUCUACAGACUCCAGUGGGACAAGUCAAUCUACAUGCAAAUCCCCAGUUCAAGUUGAACCCAGAAAAUCUACUUUUCCCUUGAGCACUUCAAUAUCGACACCCAUGUCUUUGCGACAUGCGGCACGCCCGUCGCUCGUGAAUCCUGAAUUUUCCUGGAUGCUUGGGGACAACCGACAUCUUUCCAGUUUUGUGAGCCCAGCUUCUGUACCACCCGAGCAGACUCGGCAGGGCGAAAUUCGCACCAAGCAGGGUACCUUGUUCGGGAAUGGCGAGGGCGAACCAAAAAAGCCUCACGACGAACCAGACGGGAUGGCUUUAAGGAGCCUUGGGGGUGGCUAA